AUGGCAAAUGGCAGCGGCGGCGGCUCCUACCCGGGCGGCAGCGGCGGCGGCGGCGGCAUUAGAAUGAGUAACAAUAUCAACGCCAACAAUCUCAACACAGACUCGUCCUCCUCCCCCGUCAAUGUGCCCAAGAUGGAUGCGCUCAUCAUCCCGGUGACCAUGGAGGUGCCCUGCGAUAGCCGCGGACAGCGCAUGUGGUGGGCUUUCCUCGCCUCAUCCAUGGUUACUUUCUUUGGGGGACUAUUUAUCAUCCUGCUGUGGAGGACCCUCAAGUACCUGUGGACUGUCUGCUGCCACUGCGGGGUCAAAAACAAGGAGGCCCAGAAGAUCAAUGGUGGUGGAGACACACAGGCCGAUGGAGCCUGCAAACCAACAGAUGAAAAAGAGGAGAAUGUGGCAGCAGAAGUGGGAUGGAUGACGUCUGUGAAGGAUUGGGCAGGAGUCAUGAUAUCUGCCCAGACAUUAACUGGCAGAGUACUUGUUGUCUUAGUCUUCGCUCUUAGUAUUGGUGCUCUUGUAAUAUACUUCAUAGAUUCAUCAAAGAGCCGUACAGCAGACUCAUUGAUCCCAAUAGAAUCCUGCCAGAAUUUCUACAAAGAUUUCACAUUACAGAUCGACAUGGCUUUCAAUGUGUUCUUCCUACUCUACUUCGGCUUGCGUUUUAUAGCAGCCAAUGACAAGCUAUGGUUUUGGCUAGAAGUUAACUCAGUGGUAGAUUUCUUCACGGUCCCUCCAGUGUUUGUGUCAGUAUAUUUAAACAGAAGUUGGCUUGGUUUAAGAUUUUUAAGAGCCCUUAGACUGAUACAGUUUUCAGAAAUUUUGCAGUUUCUGAAUAUACUUAAAACAAGUAAUUCCAUCAAGCUAGUGAAUCUGUGCUCUAUAUUUAUCAGCACGUGGCUGACAGCAGCUGGGUUCAUACAUUUGGUGGAGAACUCAGGGGAUCCAUGGGAAAACUUCCAAAAUAAUCAACCGCUAACAUAUUGGGAAUGUGUUUAUUUACUGAUGGUUACAAUGUCCACUGUUGGCUAUGGAGAUGUUUAUGCAAAAACAACCCUUGGUCGCCUUUUCAUGGUCUUCUUCAUUCUUGGGGGAUUGGCCAUGUUUGCCAGCUACGUCCCUGAAAUCAUAGAGUUAAUAGGAAACCGCAAGAAAUAUGGUGGUUCCUAUAGUGCGGUUAGUGGAAGAAAGCACAUAGUUGUCUGUGGUCACAUAACACUUGAAAGCGUGUCCAACUUCCUGAAGGACUUCCUGCACAAGGAUAGGGAUGAUGUCAACGUAGAAAUCGUCUUUCUGCAUAAUAUCUCCCCUAACCUUGAGCUGGAAGCUCUUUUUAAACGACACUUCACUCAGGUGGAAUUUUAUCAGGGUUCAGUCCUUAAUCCCCAUGACCUGGCGAGAGUGAAGAUAGAGUCAGCAGAUGCGUGCCUAAUCCUUGCCAAUAAAUACUGCGCUGACCCAGAUGCUGAAGAUGCCUCCAAUAUUAUGAGAGUUAUUUCAAUAAAGAAUUAUCAUCCGAAGAUAAGAAUUAUCACUCAGAUGUUGCAGUAUCACAAUAAGGCCCAUCUGCUAAAUAUCCCAAGCUGGAACUGGAAAGAAGGGGAUGAUGCAAUCUGUCUUGCUGAGCUCAAGCUGGGUUUCAUAGCCCAGAGCUGCCUGGCACCAGGCCUUUCAACAAUGUUAGCCAACCUCUUCUCUAUGAGGUCAUUCAUAAAGAUUGAGGAGGAUACGUGGCAGAAAUACUACCUGGAAGGAGUUGCAAAUGAAAUGUAUACAGAAUAUCUGUCUAGUGCCUUUGUGGGUUUGUCCUUCCCUGCAGUUUGUGAACUGGUGUUUGCGAAACUAAAGCUCUUAAUGAUAGCCAUAGAAUACAAGUCAGAAAAACGCGAAAGCAGAAGCCGAAAGCGUAUAUUAAUCAAUCCUGGAAACCACGUCAAGAUUCAAGAAGGUACCUUAGGAUUCUUCAUUGCAAGUGAUGCCAAAGAAGUAAAAAGGGCAUAUUUUUACUGCAAGGCCUGUCAUGAUGACAUCACGGAUCCCAAAAGGAUAAAAAAAUGUGGCUGCAAACGGCAAGUAAAGAAUGCAGCUAGAUCAAGUUACCCAAAAUGCUCAUAUCAAUUCAAGAAUGCAACUACUAAUGCAUUGAUUGAUGCCAAGUCCACUGAAGGAAUCCCGGAACCUGUUCCACUUGUUAAUAACCGUAAAGGGAGCCUCUUCCUACCCAACAACCCCUCGCUGCUGCACCUUAACUUACUGAGUUCUGUCGAACAAGGAAAAUCUACGUACUGUAGAUUGCAAAGGGCACUCAGCUUACCUGUAAAAUACCGCUGCCACUCCCAAAAGCCUGGGUUGAACCAAGAUCUCCUUGAAGAUGAGCAGCCGUCGACACUAUCACCCAAAAAAAAGCAGCGAAACGGAGGCAUGAGAAAUUCACCCAACUCUUCACCCAAGCUGAUGAGGCAUGACCCCUUGUUAAUUCCUGGCAACGAGCAGAUUGACAAUAUGGAUGCCAACGUGAAAAAAUAUGACUCUACAGGGAUGUUUCAUUGGUGUCCAGCCAAGGACAUUGAAAAGGUCAUUUUGACUCGAAGUGAAGCAGCGAUGACAGUUUUAAGUGGGCAUGUAGUCGUUUGCAUAUUUGGGGAUGUUAAAUCUGCUUUGAUUGGAUUAAGAAAUUUAGUGAUGCCAUUACGAGCCAGCAACUUUCACUACCAUGAACUCAAGCACAUUGUGUUUGUGGGUUCACUUGAAUACCUGAGAAGGGAAUGGGAGACACUGCAUAACUUCCCCAAGGUUUCAAUCUUGCCUGGUACACCAUUAAGUCGGGCUGAUUUAAGGGCUGUCAACAUCAACCUCUGCGACAUGUGCGUUAUCCUGUCAGCCAAUCAGAAUAAUAUUGAUGAUGCUUCGCUGCAGGACAAGGAAUGCAUCUUGGCGUCACUCAACAUCAAAUCUAUGCAGUUUGAUGACAGCAUUGGGGUCUUGCAGGCUAAUUCCCAAGGCUUUACACCCCCUGGAAUGGAUAGGUCAUCUCCAGACAACAGUCCAGUCCAUGGCCUGUUACGUCAACCCUCCAUUACAACAGGAGCCAACAUCCCUAUUAUUACAGAGCUAGCUAAGCCUGGCAAACUUCUGCCUUUGGUUUCAAUCAGUCAGGAAAAAAACAGUGGAACCCACAUUCUUAUGAUAACUGAACUGGUAAAUGAUUCAAAUGUUCAGUUCUUGGACCAAGAUGAUGAUGAUGAUCCAGACACAGAACUGUAUCUCACGCAGCCCUUUGCAUGUGGAACCGCGUUUGCUGUCAGUGUGCUGGACUCUCUCAUGAGCGCAACAUACUUCAAUGACAAUAUCCUCACACUGAUACGGACAUUGGUAACAGGAGGAGCCACACCAGAGCUGGAAGCACUGAUUGCUGAGGAAAAUGCAUUGAGAGGAGGUUACAGCACGCCCCAGACACUUGCAAACAGGGACAGGUGUCGAGUUGCUCAGUUGGCUUUGUAUGAUGGGCCGUUUGCAGACCUAGGGGACGGAGGUUGUUAUGGAGAUCUAUUUUGUAAAGCACUGAAAACAUACAAUAUGCUUUGCUUUGGAAUUUAUCGAUUAAGGGAUGCACAUCUAAGUACUCCCAGCCAAUGCACUAAACGUUAUGUUAUCACAAACCCACCGUAUGAAUUUGAGCUUGUGCCGACAGACUUGAUCUUCUGUUUGAUGCAAUUUGACCACAACGCUGGCCAGUCCCGAGCCAGUCUUUCUCAUUCCUCCCAUUCCUCCUAUUCUUCCAGCAAGAAGAGCUCAUCAGUUCACUCUAUCCCAUCAACAGCAAAUCGACCGAACCGCACCAAGACCAGGGAUUCCCGGGAAAAACAGAAUGCAACAAGGAUGAAUAGAAUGGGCCAAGCAGAAAAGAAAUGGUUUACAGAUGAACCGGAUAAUGCCUAUCCCAGAAACAUUCAAAUCAAGCCCAUGAGCACUCACAUGGCCAAUCAGAUCAAUCAAUAUAAAUCAACAAGCAGCUUGAUACCACCAAUCCGAGAAGUUGAAGAUGAAUGUUGACUCCUUCGAGGCCAGAACUAUUUUUUUAAAGCCUGACAAACUUCAUGAAUGGUGAUGUGACAUUUAUUCCUCUUACAUGCUGAACCACUGAUGGAGAAGUUAAGAAGGGCAAGCUUAAUGGGAAACUGAAGUAGACAGAUCUUUGUUUGUCUGCCUUUAAUAUUGCUUCCACGUAUUUUGGAAACUAUUUCAUUUAUAAAUGAACAUAAUCAAAACUAGUCAUGUAUAGCCUCUAGCGUUUUAAAUUAUUUUUAUUUAUUAGAAAAAAAUAUAUUUUUUUUCUUUUUUUUCAUUGUCAAGUAUUUUCCCUUAAAAAAACCUGCAUGUGUGGCCAGACUCCUAAGAAUUAAAAAAAACAAAACAAAACAAAACAAACAAGAAACCCUUAGUCUUUGGCUUAAAGGAGAAUGAUGGUCACAGUUAUAAGGAUGUGUAAUUAAGGGAGACAAAUGAUAUAUUUACAAAAAGGGAAAGAAAAAGGUCCAACUUGUAUUUUAGUAAAUCAAAAAAAAAAAAAAAACCACCAAAAAAAUCACCCUACAACAACUCACCAAAAUGUUUCUUUACUGGAAGAUGUGUAUUUUGUUCAGCAUCAACACCAGCUCUUAAUAAACUGAACUUAUUUAUUUUCAAAGUCGAAAGUCAUAUUUUUGUACAUGUAACAUUCUUCUGAAAUAUCCUUUGUUUUAUUAACAUACAUAGAUCAUCUUUAUUGCCAGUUAUGUGAGGGUCCAAUAACCCCCCACACGCACUGCGCCCUACCCUGUCUCACGUGCACACACACCCACAGAAAAACCUGGCAUCCUCAGUAACUUUCUGUAACACUGGCAUAGGGAAUGUCCCUGCCCUAAACCAAGGGCCGUGUAGAUAAGGUGCACUUGCUAUAAAUGGCAAAUCUGGCAAUCUCACUUCACUUCCCAUUAGCCAUCAGCAGUUGCUAAUUUCAGGAAGGCAGGUUUGGCAAUUCUUCUUUUGCCAUGUAUUACUGUGCUUUCAUCCAGGCUGCAUAAAAUAGCGCAUGGAAGCGUAAGUUAUAAACUGUCUCAUCUACCAUAUUUUGUUACUUCUUUACUUCAAAAGUGCUGAUGGCCUUUCAUUGGUCUGAUUUGGUUCAAAUGCUUCCUGAUACGUAUAGAGAUUUAGCUCCAGCUCCUUGCACUUUGGUGAUAGCUCAUACCUUAGUAAAGGACACACUGAAUCUCCUUUUGGGGAAUUCAGAUCAGGAUAAAAACUGGUUUAGCCUCAGCUCUAUAAUCGUGCAACAUGCUGUCCUCAGUUAAUUCUUGCACCAAGCAACAUCUUAUUUUAGCAGUUGAUUUUUUUUUUUUUUUUUUAUCCCUCUAAUUUAUUUUCACUUUGCUGGGACACCACACAUAAAAGUACAGUAAUAACCAAAUCAAAAUAAUAAUAAUGAAUGUAUUUAUUAUGAUAACAUGCAAAAGGCCUUUGAUGGGUGCCUUUUGUGUCAGCAGUUUCACAAAGUUGCCAACAAGCUUUAUAGCCAUCAGACAAAAAUGUGAUGUUUCAUAUCUGUGCUGCAGUACCUAUCCACCCAAGCAUUUAUGUUCUAAAUGAUUUAGUAACUCUCUCUAUCUCAAAGAAGCAACAUCUGACACAAUUGUACGAAGAAAAACAAAAAGAAAAGGCUGUGGUAAUAAGGAAACAAAAACCAAAAACCCCAAACAGAGUCAUCAGGAAAGGCAGAUUUUCAUUGUGCAAGUUAACUUUAGGCUUUGUAAUUUUGCAGAAUUGUUAAAACACCACAAUAAAACAUACUGUGGUAUUUUUAUCAGUAGAGAAAUAUCAGUGAAUCAAACAAAUACAAAGCAGAUGAUGAAUUUAUUGUGAAAACAAUGAUGUCCACUAUAUAAUCCAACAUUUAAGCCAAUCUAUUCAGCUUUAAUGUUUGUCCACUGGCUGCAGUACAAGUAUAACCAUACUAACACCUAAUAGGCUUUAUUCUGGAGUGACUUCUUGGACUGUGACUAUUUUGUUGCUACAUUUGUAGAAUAGCUAUUUAAAGACAAUAACAAGAAUUGUUAAUACAGUAUCUGUAAAAUUGGACUGUUUAAAAUAUUUCACUCUCCUACAAAGUAAAAAAAACAGUUCAAGCAGUUUUUCAUAAUUACUUGGACCAUGUUUAGCACAUUUCACAGUCCCCAAAAGAGAAGAUAAUUCCAGUGAGUUCUUCCAAUCUACGCUGCGUCAGCCUAGUGACACAUUAUAAUUUACAUCCAGUUUCUGCGUUGGGUCAUGUUAAGCCUUUUCUUUGAAGUCAGUGCUCCUUUUUCAUUUAUGAACUGCAUAUUAUAACCAGAAUGGAAAAGCUGGUCCUGAGUACAGGUGAAUUUUAGAAAUUUGUGCUCAACCUCACCAAGUACAUGUGAUUUCUUUUUUUUUUUUUCUUAGAAGACUGUUGUUUACUGUAGAGGCAUAGAACAUUCUGUCUUAUACUUUAUCAUGCACAUUGCCAUUUCUGAGUGUCUUUCCUUCAGAAGUGAGCAUUCCCUGGAUAAAACAUACUAGUGAAACAAAUACAACACUCCUACAUAGCUAAGGGGUGUGUGUGUCUGUCUGUCUGUCCAAUUUAACUGUCACACCAAAAAAUAUCACGCUACCAACUGUAUAUAAAUAAAGGACAAAAUCUGAACACACUCACGCACUCUCCUGGCACAGACAGUUCCAUAUGUAGUGAUAGAUAGAACACCACCUGUAGAGAGCAAA